AUGGAUCUCGGGGACUCUGGCGGCGAGGCGAACCGACGGAGCAUUCCGGCUGACUUGCCCACAUCUCUGGACGAUCGGAGACAUGCGGCGGGAGAGUUUACGGUGCCGGAGACGGAGAUGUACGAUGGCUGGCAAGGCCAGUCCCAAUUCCUCACCUCGCCCGUGCUCGCAAAGCCCCUCAACUUCGGCGACCUCUCCCUCAACGACUCGAACGAAAGCGACUUCAUCGACAGCGGCCCCAAAGACAGCGACGCCAGGCUGAUGGAGAUGCUGGCCGCCCAGGCUGCGCACCGCAACGAGGCGGCGCUGGAAGACGAGGACGCCAUCAUAAACAACGACAAGAUGACCGAGUCUGAGAAGAAGGACAUACUACAAAGGGCCCUGACCAUGGCUGCCAGCAACGGCGACACCGAAAGGGUCAAGAAGCUGCUCGAGGGUGAUGCGAAACCCUUUGUCGACGUCAAUCUUGCCGACGACGACGGGACCCCGGCGUUGAUCUACGCCAGCUGCUUUGGUCACGAAAAGGUCGUGGAGGCUCUCAUUGCCGCCGGUGCCAACGUCAAUCAACAAGACCGCAAUCAAUGGACGCCUUUCAUGUGGGCAAUGACGAACCGCCACAAGGGCAUAGCGAAGCUGCUGCUGGACAAGGGCGCAUCUUCGGAGCAAAAGACGUCGUCUGGGCGGACGGCCUUUGACUUUGUUCCCCCCGACAGCGAUAUGUCGUUUUACCUGCAUGACAAUGGCUACACCAUCGGGAACGCGGGCAUGGGCGGCGACUUUUACAAUCCCGGCUUCUCUCAGGACCGUUUUGAGGAAGAGAUGGCGGAGAACGAGAUGCGGAGACGACUGAUGAUGGAGAGUGCCCGCGAUCUGGAGGUUGAUUUGGGCAAUGUGGGAAUGGAUGAUCAGCCAGAGACGAUGGAUGAUUUCGAAGAAGAACAGCAAGAGUUCGACUGGAGUCGCUGUCUCCACGACCAAAUGUUUGUCUUCCAGGAGCACGAGCUGGACCGGAUCCUGGACAUUGUCGUCACCAAGAUGACGCCCCAGCGGUCGCCGUCGCAGAAGCCGGUACCAGCCAACAUGAUCUUCCUCAGUGCGAGAUAUGCACACUACCACGCCAGCCCCGACCUGUUGAGAAGACUGCUCGUGUCCGCAAUGCAGCGCAUCAACGCCGUUGUCGAAAAGUCCCAGUGGGACAUGACCAUCUUGGCUUUUUGGAUGUCGAAUGCCACGCUCCUCCUGCAUUACCUCAAGAAAGAUGCCGGAUUAGUGGAGGCGACAACCACAUUCCAGGCACAGCUUGCUGAGCUGAUCAAUGAGAUCUUUGUGCUCAUUGUCCGGGACGCCGAAAGACGACUGGACAAGGUCCUGGACUCUGCCAUGCUAGAGCACGAGACCAUCCCCGGGUUCGAGGAUAUUGCAUUCCAAAACGAGUGGAAGAUAUUCAAGAGAAAGUCUACGGUCAAGGAGCAGCCUCUCGAGAAGCGCUACCGCCCGCCAUCUCCCAAGCAGAGAGCAAAGCCCGCUCCUCGGAACGUCACCUCGCUGCUGUCAUCGACGCUCUUCGUGCUGGACCUGUACGACGUCCACUCGGUCAUCACGGCACAGAUCAUCUCCCAGCUUCUCUACUGGCUCGGGUGCGAGCUGUUCAACAGAGUCAUGUCCAACCGCAAGUACCUGGCCAGGACAAAGGCAAUGCAGAUCCGCAUGAACGUGUCCAUGCUGGAGGACUGGGCACGAACAAACAAUAGACAGGCGGAGCACUACGAAGGCGGCGAGAUGGACUCAUCGGGCGAAACAACAAUGGACGCGGCCAAGAGGCAUCUGGCCCCGGUGAUUCAGCUGCUGCAAUGGCUGCAGUGCUUCUCAUCGCUCAACGCCGACGACUUGGAGGCCCUGGUCGACACUCUCCAGCAGUUGAAGAGGAUGACGCCGCAGCAGCUGAUCCAUGCAGCCACGCAUUACCGCCCCGAAGUGGGCGAAAAGGGCCUGCCGGCCAGCGCUAUGAAGUACCUGCUUGCGAUCCAAAAAGAGUCGGCACUCAAGAAGGAUCGGCGUCAAAGCACUGCAGAGAGCGCCCCGAGCACGCCAGUAACGGGUAACUUCAACGGAAACGGGAUGUCGACGCCCAGGAGCGUCAACAUUGCAACGCCCAGCAUCAAGGGCGCAGACUCGGAUGACGAAGACAGCACACCAAAGGGUCUGCUGCUGAACCCAGCCUACAUGCUGCCCUUUGCGCUGCCAUCCGUCACGGACAUGCUGGUAUCGUACGGAGCGGGCUUUGGAGGCGUCAACAGGGAAAGGGAACGCAAAUACAUCCCGACUGUGCCGCCAGAGUUUUUGGAAAAGCUGGAAGUGAAUGGGACGCGGAACCCGCCCAUGUUUCAGGAGAAGGACUGGGAAAAUGAAGAGGUUUGAAAUGGCUAAAAGG